AUGAACGCUCUGGACGAUGAUCGGCUGUCCAACAGCUCAAACGACUCGGACAACGAUAACGACAAUGACCGCCUUGAUCAGGACAAUGACGUGGACGAGGCAAUGGAGGAUGUAGACGAUAAUGGCGAUCAAGAUCAGGACCAAGACCAAGACCAAGAUGCAGAAGGCGACGAUGACGAUAAUAACGACGACGACGACGACGACGACGACGAGAAUGGCGACGCCAAUGACGAUGCUGACGCUGACGGAGAUGGAGAUGGAGAUGGAGAUGGAGAUGGAGAUGGCGAUGGUGACGCUGAGGGAGACGAGAGUCAGCCUCCAGCUACCGACUCUAACGAUCAAACAAGUACACACAUCAAGACCGAGUCCAAUGACGAUGCGCAAGACCGUAAAUCUACAACUCCUUCACCAAGCUCGGGUUUAAAGUGGCCCCAACCUCGACCAGAAGCCAUCAAUGCCCGUCUUUAUGAUAUUGUACCAACUAUGGCUGCACCUCAAUCGACCAGUGUUAAUGCCAUGGCCAUCACACCGGAUUUGCGGUACUGGAUAACGGGAGGUUCUGACGGCUACAUCCGCAAAUAUGAUGGUCCAAAUACCAUCAAUGGAAAGCUGGCUUUGACCGUAGCCCAGAGACAUCCGUUUGUGGACAGUGUUACGAAAGCUGGCAUCCUCAUGUCGUACUGGGAAAACGAGGAGCCGGCACCUCCUGGUCGAGGCGAUCAAGAGCACAUACUCUCACCCGUCUACUCUCUCGCUGUCCACUCCGAAGCUCUCUGGCUUUUGUCUGGUCUUGAAUCUGGAGGUAUCAACCUACAGAGUGUUCGGCACGACGAAGGUAAACGAAUUCAUUGCCUGCAGCAACACACGAACGCCGUGUCCGUCUUGACCUUGGCACAGGAUGAGAAGAGUGUUCUUAGUGGCGGAUGGGACAAGAAUAUCUUUGACUGGGACCUGAACACCGGUCAGACAAUCCGCAGCUUUGAUGGAAACGCUGGUCAAAUCUCGGCUCUUGAGCUUCGCCCUGCUAGCGGAGCUCCAAUCCCCGAAGGAGAUGACGAGCCACUCCCUUCUACCACGAUAGCCACCAACAAUGGAGCUCCAAUCACCAACGGGAGCUUCACAGACGGACUGACUCAGGAUGGAGUAGACGAUAUGAAUGCUGACUUCAACCCUGACACAGCCACUGGCGAUGGCCAAGCAUCACCUGCUCAUGAUAGUCUCUUCGGUGGCAGCGACGCAGGCAGUUUGUUCGGCGAGACAAAAGAGGAUCAGCCAUUCGGGCACGAUGACGAUGAAUUCGGCGCUGGAUCUAUGGACAUGAUGCCUGGUCAUGGCCACGAUAGCGCAAUGGACCACUCCGCAGAUAUGGCUGCUCUCGAUGCAGGAAAAGAUAUAGAAACACAGCCGGCUCCUGCCGUUGAACCUCCACCACCAGAAACAUCACAGGAUGCAGGUGAUGCCAUGGACGUAGACCUCGUCCCGGCCCCAACACAGACUGCAGAAUCUUCUCAGCCAAUACAAUCGACUCAAACGACUCAAGACUCUCAACCCCCUGCCUCCCAAGAACCCCCCGCUUCACCCUCUCUCAUGCUAACAUCCUCCCACGCCCCAACGCAGCACGACCCCUCGCAAACAUCUCCAACAACAUUCCUCUCCGCGGCUAUGGAUGGAUCGCUUCGUAUCUGGGACAGACGCCAACCUGACCCUGUCGCGCGGAUAGGUACUCGCAACGGUGUUCCCCCAUGGUGCAUGGGCGCGUGUUGGAGUCCAUCUGGCAAUGCCAUCUACGCAGGCCGUCGUAACGGCACUGUUGAAGAGUUCGACAUUCACAAAGCAAAGAGAAAUUGGGAACCGCAGAGAACACUCAAGUUCCCUGCUGGCAGCGGAGCCGUCAGCGCCGUCAGACCCAUGGUAAACGGCCGCCAUCUCGUCUGUGCCUCCCAUGAUAUCCUACGUCUUUAUGACCUCCGCGAUACUCGUGCUUUCAAACAUUCCACCGUUCCGUUCCUCAUCAUUCCCGGCCCUCCCCGCGCAGGCGUCAUCUCCAGUCUCUACAUUGACCCAACCAGUCGCUUCAUGCUCAGUGCUGCGGGUACUAGAGGCUGGGAGGGUACCAGUACUGAAGUUCUUAUCGGUUAUGAGAUCAAGGUCACCGAUGGAUGA